CUAGGCCAGAGUGGUGCUGGGAACAACUGGGCCAAGGGCCACUACACAGAGGGAGCCGAGCUCGUAGACUCUGUGUUGGAUGUGGUAAGGAAGGAGUCUGAGAGCUGCGACUGCCUGCAGGGCUUCCAGCUGACCCAUUCCCUGGGUGGCGGCACCGGAUCUGGUAUGGGAACUCUUCUCAUCAGCAAAAUUAGGGAGGAGUACCCGGAUCGCAUCAUGAACACGUUCAGCGUAAUGCCAUCUCCCAAGGUCUCAGACACAGUGGUUGAGCCAUACAAUGCCACCCUUUCUGUCCACCAGCUGGUGGAGAACACAGAUGAAACCUACUGCAUUGACAACGAGGCCUUGUACGACAUCUGCUUCCGCACACUGAAACUGACAACUCCUACCUACGGGGAUCUCAACCAUUUGGUCUCUGCCACCAUGAGCGGGGUGACCACCUGCCUCCGGUUUCCUGGCCAGCUGAAUGCUGACCUUCGCAAACUGGCCGUCAACAUGGUGCCUUUCCCUCGCCUGCACUUCUUCAUGCCCGGCUUCGCUCCCCUCACGAGCCGUGGCAGCCAGCAAUAUCGUGCCCUCACGGUGCCGGAGCUCACCCAGCAGAUGUUCGAUUCCAAGAACAUGAUGGCAGCCUGCGACCCACGCCACGGCCGCUACCUUACGGUGGCCGCCAUUUUCCGGGGCAGGAUGUCCAUGAAGGAAGUGGAUGAGCAGAUGCUCAACGUCCAGAACAAGAACAGCAGCUACUUU